ACGCGACUUCCCGUAGAAGGGUAUAGUUUGGGAUCGUGGGAUAAUAUUGUUUUUCUGGUUAUUGUCUGGUUAGGAGGCAGUCUGUCAUUUAGGUUGCGAUGGUGUGAAAGAAGGUAAUGUGGAGGCUGUCAUCGUGAGCAGAUGAUGGAUAACCUUAGGCGUGGUAGUGUGGUGGAGCCGCAGAGCGGACUCCCGUCACCCAGUCCACGAGACCCCCUGCUCAGUCCGGACUCUCACAUGGAUGUUCAGGGGUAUAAGUGGGUGCGCUGGCGGUUGUGGUUGUGUCGUCUGGCUGCCGUGCUGUCCUUGGGUGUCCUCCUGAUCGUGUUUCACUGGCGCCCAAGGCUUGCUGUCCUGGCACGCUGCUGCUCCUGCCAUCUGGCUUUGGCAGAUGUUCUGCUAAUAAGAGACAGUUUUGGCCAGCAGCAUUUGGUGGAGGUCCUCACAGAGGAGAUGGAUUGCAGCAGUUUGGAAAUGGUGGUAGAGCUGGAGGAAAUUGAAUGGAGAGAUACAGUUCAGCUGCACAAGGAGGAGAAAACGCUGCUGCGCUACUACCUGUUUAAAGGACUGCGCUACAUCUGGCUGGGCAGGAAAGGAGCUUUCUGUCGUGUCAGUGUCCUCAAUGAGGACUGGACCUGCAAUGACGUGUAUGGCUUCCAAAAGGGCCUGAGUCACCUGGAGCAAAGCCUCAGGAGACUCAUGUAUGGGCCGAACCUCAUUGAUGUGCAGGUGAAGUCUUACGUGAAACUGCUGUUUGAGGAGGUCCUCAACCCGUUCUACGUGUUCCAAGUGUUCAGCAUCACCCUGUGGAUUGUCGACAAUUACUAUUAUUACGCCAUUUGUAUAUUUAUUAUCUCCAUUUUAUCCAUCGGUAUCUCACUUUAUGAGAUCCGCAAGCAAAGCGUCACUCUUCGCAACAUGGCCCGGUUGGUCACGAAUGUCACAAUACGGAGAAACUCAGGAGUGGAGGAGCUUGUUAGCUCGGAGGAACUGGCCCCCGGCGACUGUCUAAUCAUCCCUCAGGAAGGUCUGCUGCUGCCAUGUGAUGCGGCCCUGCUGGCUGGGGAGUGUCUGGUCAACGAGAGCAUGCUCACAGGUGAAAGUGUCCCAGUGCUAAAGACACCACUGCUAGCUGGUGAGGGGAGGUACAGCUCAGAGACUGAGCGCAGACACACCCUAUUCUGUGGCACCCAGCUCAUUCAGGCCAAAAGUGGAGGUCCGGGAGGCAGCGGGGCUGUUGCUGUGGUCAUAAGCACCGGGUUUUUCACAGCCAAAGGUAACCUGGUCAGCUCCAUUUUGUAUCCUCAUCCAACCGACUUCCGCUUCUACCAAGAUUCUGUUAAGUUCCUGCUCAUCCUUGGUUUUGUUGCUUUUGUUGGCAGCAUUUACAGCUUUGUGGUCCUCUUCAGAUCGGGUGCGACCUGGCUGGAGUUAGUAAUUAUGAGCCUGGAUGUUGUGACCAUCGCAGUGCCUCCUGCACUAUCUGCAGCCAUCACCACUGGCACUAUCUAUGCCCAACGCAGGCUGAAGAGCCAGGGCGUCUUCUGCAUCAGUCCACCACGCAUCAACAUCUGUGGCAAGGUCUCGCUCUUCUGCUUUGACAAGACAGGGACUCUUACGGAGGACGGUAUGGAUGUGUGGGGAGUGAUGGAGGGCGGACCUGCCGGUUUCUCAGAGCUGGUCCCAGAUCCCAGACUCCUGCCCCCAGGCCCCAUGCUCUCAGGCCUGGCCUGCUGUCACACUGUGACGCUGUUGCAAGGACAGCCUCUCGGAGACCCUCUGGAGCUCAAGAUGGUCGAGUCCACUGGUUGGACACUCCAGGAGCCAGAGGGAGAUGGAAAUGUGCUGGAUGCAGAGUUUGGAGGCCACAGAGUUUUGGCUGUUUUGAGUCCGCCUACUCAACAGCCUCGAGCUCAAGGAGCUUCUACAAGCGAGGCGGUGGCCAUUGUUCAGAGGUUUCCCUUCUCCUCGGCACUGCAGAGGAUGAGUGUGGUGACCGUGGCCCGCGGCGGACGUUCGGCCCUCGCAUUCAUGAAAGGAUCCCCAGAAAUGGUGGCUAGCCUCUGCCGAGCACAAACUGUGCCAGGGCAGUUCUCCAGCAAACUGCACAGUUUUUCCAGUGAAGGUCUCCGAGUUCUUGCACUCGCCUAUAAACCAGUAGACGGGAACACUGACUUAAGCACCAUUGAACGAGGGGAGGUAGAGAAAGACAUGCAGUUCCUGGGCUUGAUGAUGAUGAAGAAUCUGGUGAAGCCAGAGAGUCCCCAGGUUAUUAACAUGCUGAGACUGGCACACCUUCGCAGUGUAAUGGUCACUGGGGACAACAUUUUAACAGCAGUCAAUGUAGCAAAAAGCUGUGGGAUGGUAGGAUUUGAUGACAAGGUGAUAUUCGUCAAUGCACCCCCCACUGCCCAGUCCAUACCCACCCUGAGGUUCAGCCUGGAAGACAGAGGGGAGGUCAUCACUCAGGGCCUGUACCAGGGUGGUUUUGACUAUCACUUGGCUAUUAAUGGCAAGUCCUUUGCUGCCCUCUGUGAUCACUUUCCUGAGUAUUUGCCAAAGGUUUUGCUGCGAGCCACAGUAUUUGCACGCAUGGCUCCUGACCAGAAAACCCAGCUAGUGAAGGAGUUGCAGAAACUUAACUACAAGGUGGGCAUGUGUGGGGACGGGGCCAACGACUGCGGGGCCCUGAGAGCUGCUGAUGUUGGGGUUUCUCUGUCUGAAGCCGAGGCUUCAGUCGCGUCACCUUUCACUUCCAAGACUGAAAACAUCAGCUGUGUGCCGCUGCUUAUCAGAGAGGGCCGGUGUUCUCUGGUCACCUCAUUCAGUCUCUUUAGAUACAUGGCCAGUUACAGCCUCAUUCAGUUCUGCGCUGUCCUCACCCUCUACACAGUGAGGACGAGGUUGUCCGACGUGCAGUUCUUGUUUUGUGACUUGUUUCUGGUGACGACACUGGCCAUUGUGAUGGGGAGAGGGGGCCCCAGUGACAAGCUGGACCCCUCCAGACCCUCAGCCAGUCUGCUGUCCCUGCCUGUGCUUGGCAGCCUCUUCAUCCACACCUGCGUGAUUGUUCUGGGCCAGCUGGCUGCGCUCUUCAUCACCACCUCACAGGACUGGUACGUUCCAAUCAAUUCAACAAGGAUUGGCGCAGCCAAUCUGCCAAACAUGGACGACACCAGUGUGUUUGCCUUGUCUGGUUUCCAGUACAUCAUCAUGGCUGUGGUGGUCACCAAGGGAUACCCUCACAAGAAACCCUUAUACUACAAUUGGAUUUUCCUCUGUGUACUAUUGAUCCUCUUUGCCCUGAUGACCUGGCUGGUGUUGAAUCCUGCGCCUGCCCUUGAAAUACUGAAACUGUACGACUUCUUUGAUAUGAAUUUCAAAAUGCUGCUCGUCGCUCUGGCUGCUCUUAACUUCCUCAUUUGUUUUUUUGUGGAGCUGCUGAUAGAUUUGGGUAUCCUGAACUGUCUUCGGGCGCUGCGUGGGAGGCGCGAAUCCAAGAAACAGUAUAAACGUCUGAACAUCCUUCUGUCUGAAUCCCCCUCAUGGCCACCCCUUAAUCAAACCCUGUCACCCAGAGAUUACACAGUCAUCCAAUUUAGCUAGCAUCUGUUUGCCCCUCUGUUGGACACUGUCGUGACCCAAGCCAAAAGAUGCUGUGGAUGUCGGAGUUACAUCCUCAACUUGAUCAACAAUACAAAGUCAUGUUUACCUUUGAUUAAUAAAAACUAUUUUUAUUUAAACUA